CCGUUCACACACCUGGGCUUUUCUACAAUCGUUCUGUUCAUUCUUCGUCUUCACCUGGUAUCACCCUACAGAUUCAUCUGUGUUUUACCACCAAAUGAUUUACCACCAGAGGCUGAGGACUGGAGGAGGAGUCCGGAGACUCACACACACCUGCGGAAAGAACAAAGCCUCAGGUUAAGCUGUGUGUUGAUUAAACAUGCCUUCAGGGAGAGACGUCUGGAUGAGGUUCCUUUUAAAUCAGGAUUGUCCCUGAGAGCUGGCGACUGGCGUGUCUGUUAUGCUGCAUCUGGUAGACUGUUGUCAGGAACUCCGCAUCAGGAAAACCACAUCUGCAAUACUGCGUCUGGGACACUGCAUAUGUGUUAAACAGCAAUGACGUCCCCAAAAUCCUCCACCUUCUCAAACCCUCCGCCAUCUAAACUGCGGCGCACCAAGAGCAAGAAGAAACACUUCGUCCAUCAGAAGGUGGAGGUGUUCAGGGCCAGUGAUCCUGUGCUGAGUGUCUUCAUGUGGGGCAUCAAUCACACGGUCAGUGACAUGGUUCAUGUUCCUGCACCAGUGAUGCUGCUGCCUGAUGACUUUAAAGCCAACAGCAAGAUCAAAGUGAACUACCACCUAUUUAACAAAGAAAAUCUCCCUGGACAUUUCAAGUUUAAAGAGUACUGCCCACAGGUUUUCCGUAACCUGCGAGAGAGAUUCAGGAUCGAGGAUCAGGACUAUCAGGCAUCUUUAGUGCGCAGGUCCCCCCUGAAGUACAGUGACAGUCAGGACGAACAUCUUCUGCUCACCUCAUACGACCAGUUGUUGAUUAUAAAGCAGAUUUCCAGUGAGGAAGUGGAGGACAUGCACAACAUCCUGUCUGAAUAUCACCAGCAUGUUGUGAAGAGUCACGGCGUCACUCUGCUCCCUCAGUUCCUUGGCAUGUACCGUGUUACUGUCAACAACGAGGACACGUACUUCAUCAUCAUGAGAAACAUGUUCAGUCACAGGCUGACCAUCCACACAAAAUACGACCUCAAGGGCUCUUUGGUGUCUCGUGAAGCAAGUGAUAAAGAGAAGGAGAAAGAUCUGCCCACGUAUAAGGACAUGGACUUCAGGAACAACAUGCAGCGGAUUUACAUCAGCGACGAGGACAAGGAGAAGUUAAUGGAGAAACUCAACCGUGAUGUAGAUUUCCUGGUUAGGUUAAAGCUCAUGGACUACAGCCUGUUGUUGGGGAUCCAUGAGAUGGACAGAGGUGAGCGAGAGGAAGAUGAUGAGGAUGAGGACUCGAUGUGUGAGGAGGAGGACGAGCAGGAAAAUGACGUGUCCAUGUUAGCAUCAGCGUCUCUCAGCACCUCACCUGAGACUGUGGCCGGCUCUGGGCCCUCCCGGAAAACCAACACACCGGCAGAGUUCGAUCCGUGUGUAGAUGUUUAUGGGAUCCAGAGUGCAGCCGGAGCUCCACAGAGAGAGGUCUACUUCAUGGGGCUAAUAAACAUCCUGACUCAUUACGAUACCAAGAAAAAAGCAGCACACGCUGCAAAGACCGUCAAGCAUGGGUCAGGGGCGGAGAUCUCUACAGUUCAUCCCGAUCAGUAUGGCAAGAGAUUCCUGGAGUUCAUCACCAACAUCUUCACUCCCUGAGUUUAUUUCAUCAUAGGCUGUUUUUACACUAAGCACAUGUUUGUUUCAUACAGUACCAUGUCUGGGCUUCCCCACUUCCCUUCUGGCCAUCAUUCACAUUAGUAAUGUUGUUCCGCACCUGAGCACACUUGUGUAUUUACACUCUCUAUGACCGCAGCUGGAGAUAUGCAUGUAGUUGGUUUGCAAUCCAUGAAUAAACACAAAGAACAACUGAGUUGAUCUUCGCAACAUGCUUAAUAUCGUUGAUCUUUUGGUAACAAUGUGAAGAGCGACCUUCUUGACUGUCUUUCCACAUCAUCUGCUCUAGCUCUGCAGUUCAGAGGGAGAGAUCGGCGUUUGCAUGCAUGGAAUGCAGACAGGCAGCACCGAUGACAUUGUUUGCCUUUACGCCUUGUUUGAACCAAUACUGGGGUUAAAACUCACAAGCUUGUGCUCACUACAAGUGAACAAAAAACAAAAAA